AUUCUGAAGAUGAAAAUUAACUGUAGUUAGCUUAUGUCAUAGACGUAUUGAUGUAUGUUUGUAUAUAUUCUUUAGAGUGUUUGAGUAGCCGUUGUCAAAAAUGCCUUGGAACUUUCUGUGGUCAGAUUUUGUGAAGAAAAGGGCGUGCAGAUAUCUCUUGAACCACUACCUCGGUCAGUUUCUCCAGGAAAAGUUGACACUCGAUCAGCUGAGUGUUGACCUCUACAAUGGCACCGGAGUCAUUAAGGAUUUAUCACUGGACGUCGUUUCCUUGAAUGAUGCACUGAACACGUACAACAUCCCAUUUGAAAUUGUGGAUGGGUUUGUUGGGAGUAUAACGGUGAGUGUGCCAUGGUCUGCUCUGAUCAGUGACAGUACCAAGGUGGAGGUGGAUGGCCUGGAGCUGACAGUACAGCCCAAACAGAGAGCUGAUAAUGGCACAACCCUGGAGGAGAUGUUCACCAGCAUGACUUCCAUGUCCUCCAGCCUGCGUCUAGCGCAGGAGGUGCUACGCCAGGAUCAGACAUCAGACAGCGGGCAGGCCAGUGAUGGAGCGGAAAGAUUUGAAGGUGUUGAGAAGUUUGCUCAAACAAUUGACUCUGUUCUAUCGCGGGUCAAGGUCACAUUUAACAACACAACCAUACGGCUGGAGCAUCUCCCUAAAGAAGCCAACGUCGGAGUGGCCUUAGAAAUGAGAAUCAAAAGGAUGGAGUAUUUUGAUGACCUGGCAAUGGACCAACACAGUUCCUCUGAAGAGGCUGGGAAGAGCAAUGUGGUGGAGCCAGCUGCUGUGUGCCACAAGAACCUGAAGAUGAUGGGAGUGACGUUGUAUGUUGAUGAGUUUAACAGAGCCACAAGGACACCCCCAACAAAGGCUAACACUGGAGACUCACAGCUAUUUGAGUCCAGCACCAGUUCGUUAAACCUCAGUCCUGAAGCUUCCCCAUCAGCUACAACCGUUACAGCACAGCCCAGUGGAACAGGAUUUCCAUUUCUGCUGUCUGAGCCCGUCAAAAUAGCCAUGCUUAAUGGCACCCAGGAAUUCAAGAUAAAACUCAAACAAAAUGAUUCUUUACAGGGACCAAAGUUGGAAGUGGACAGUCAGUUUGGAGCUCUCCAUAUACUGUUGACACCACGGCAGGUGCACAUCCUGAUGGAACUAAUGAGUGGACUAGCUGCUCCAGGUACUUGUGACAACAGUAAAACAGGUCACCAUGGCAACAAGCCAAUGGCUGCUGACGAUUAUGACAGGGUGGAGUCAGAACUACAGCGUCAGCUCCAGAGUGGGAGGCUACAGCAGGGCAGGGGAACAGAACCUCACCUGACCUCCCUGCCCCUUAUACAGGAGCCUGAGGGCAUGAUGAUACAGCACUCACUAGAUGACUCUGAUGAUGAGGUGUACUUCUCCAUGCAUGCCAACAAACUGUCAUCUGUGAUGGAAUCCUCCAUGUCCAGCAGUCUCAGUACAGCCACCUCAGCCAGUAAAACAUCCACUGCUCCGUAUAGCUCCAGUAUCCCCCUGACUGAUGAAAAACUGGAUUCUCCAAAGAAACAUACCAAAUCACCGGCGUCUAAAGAUUUUAUACAGAAGUUUUAUGAUGAUCCUGGGGCGGAGUUAACACGAUACAAAUUUAAACUAGGUUUCUUUUCCCUAACCAUCCUUCAUGAGAACCCAACAGCCUCACCUGGUGAUGUCCUGUCUCCUGGGGUAUCAGCAAGUGACAGGCUCAAGUCUAUAUCAGAGACAUUCUUUAACAAAAUCGGAUUAGUGAGCACGACUGGUUAUAGUGUUGAUCUUACCGAGCAGCGCCACAAGUUCUCAGAGGCCUGUCCUCAUGACCAUCUUGGGUUUUUGGGGAAACCAAUCAGCUUGGAGUGCAUGCAGAAGACUUCCUCUUACAAACAGAGCUUGUCUUUAGACUUGAUGAUUUCACGCUUUGAUUCAGUGGAAGCCCUGUUUGACCGUAAUGACAACACCAUGUCCAGCCAUGGCUUCAGUCUUCCUAUCCACAACAAACUGCCAGAGUACAGCGAGUUGCUUGUCUUUCAUGAGGAUUUGGCUGACACCAAACCUUACUCCAUGUUCAGCAGUGUCCACGCCUCCACCCCAUGUGUGAAGUUAAAACUGGACAAUGUUGAAACACACAAGAUGUCUCACCGGAAAUAUGUGCCCCCACGCACAGAUGUGGUGCUGGAGUUGGGUCGCUGCUCCUCUGAGCUGGACAUUACCAUCGUGGAUCGCAUCGACACUUUGCUCAACCCUGACCCUCUGACCCCUGAACCCAGCUCCUCCAGACUCUAUACAUCCUAUGCUCCACAUUAUAAUUUGGCUGGUGCUCAGUCCCUGUCAGAGGACGUGAUUGAUGAAGGAUCAGGGGAUGAACGACGAAUUGAUGUCACUGUGUCCGCUUCUUAUGCUCAACUACACUUCAGGUUCCCAAUCCCUGUGUUAGGGACUGGGCCUCAAGUGGGGAGGUUGGCCUGGUGGAAACGACGACUAAGGAAGGAAGUUCUAAUAGCUGAAUUGACCGAGUUCUGCUUCCAAACCAAAUACAUCCCUGUGGAAAACGUACAGCAGUAUGAAUUCACAUGUCGGGAAGUACACGGCCAACUGCAGGAGGAACCAAGCCAACCACCAAUCUCAUUCGUUCACAUUAGACAAGAUGUGGAUUCAUCAACCAAUGGAAAUCAAGAUGACUUCAACUGGCCAAGGUUAGUCGUGAAGGUGUUUUCUCAGAAGUCAUCUGUAUUGGAGGAAGAACAGGUGGAGUCUGAUGACUCCACUCCAAUGGACUCACUGAAUGGGGCAUGUCAGUUUGCCAAGCCAGAGUCGUCUCCCUUUUCCUCCAGAAAGUACAUGUAUGAGAAAGAGGAGGUGUCCGACAGAAGUGAAGUCACACACACAAGUGAAGAGAUGGUGCUGCCAGGUGAGAAGGAGGAGAUGAGAGAGUUCCAGGAGAAGGCCCUCAGUAACACACGGGUGGCUGUAGAGCUCUGUCUACCAGAGGUCAUCGCUGUCUUACCCAGUAAACAGUUCUUUGAACUUCUCUACAACAGGGUGAACAACGACUUGUUGUUAUGGUCCCCGAAAGCCCCUUCCCCAAUUCAGCCUCAGGAUAUGUACCCUGUCUUUCCCUCAGUCAGCACCACCUUGGAUUCCAUCAGAGUAACACAGCUUCUACAGGAGGGUGGUCUGGAUCAUUUCCAACUAUGCAAGUCUGCUUUACAGUAUGAUUCGGACUCAGACUCAGAAGAUAGCAUGGAUCCUGUAUACUCCAUCCAUGAUAUGAAAAGAGGAGGACUGAAGAGGCGCAGAGAAGGGAGACAACUGCCCAGCAAACUCUGUCUAUCUAUCAAUAUCACCAAAGGGAAAGUUUUGGCUUGCAUCCCAAUACUGGAUGAGAAUGAAGAAGUGAGCUCACAGGAGCAUGGGGAGAUAAUCCUGGCUGUGGAGGAGGGAAGUGUGUUUAUCGUCUCCUCAUUCAAGGGAGACAAGGACCUGGAGUAUGUCUGUGUGCAGGCCAACCAAGCUGCACUCUACCAUGAUAACUGUGUAGCGACUCCAAGUAAGUGGCCUCCCACCAGUCAGGCGGAGUUAUCUCCCUGCAUCAACCCUGCCCUCAGGUGUGUGAUCAGUAAGUCUGGGCCAGGUGUGUACAGUAAGCUGUGUGGACAGGUGGGCUGUGGUCAGGACAGCAAAGACAUGCUGGCUGUCGCUGUUAAAAUAAAACUAGACACCUUAAACAACAUCAAGGAAUUCGUUGUGUCACUGGGCGUGAAGGGAGCCACACUACGACAUUACAUGUUACCAAGUGGCUGUAGUUGGAUCUCCCAGGCCAUGGAGUUUUUAGAUGUGAAGGACUUUCCCAUCCAAGGGUAUGUGGAACCUAAAGUGAUAACAGAGCUGCAUGUUCACCUGUGGAGCUGUGCCAUUGAUUACAGGCCCCUAUUUCUGCCACUAAAAGCCAUGGUAACAUUGGAGGCAUUUAAUGUGUCUAGUAAUAUUGUAACAGGGUCACCCACUUCUCUGUUGAGAUUUCUGGUGGAUGAUGCUGCCCUCUUUAUCUCAGAUAACUGCAAGUCUUCUCAAGUUGACUUGAAGAAAAAUUAUGUAUGUGUUUUGGACAUGGAGAGGUUUGAGUUGUCCCUACUCUCAGCUGAUGGCAAAGAUUUGAAAUAUCCAAAAACAGAUUUAAGGAUAUCUACAAAUAAGCUGAAUAUUCGAACAUGCUCUGAUUCUGGGAAAGCCCUCACAGAACUCUUACAGUACUUUGCUGCGGACGGCGAUCUGGUUGCCAGGGAAACAGAGGCAAUGAACCAAACAGAUUCCUGUGCUUCCCCUGGUGUCUCCAAUAUUGUUAAGGAGGAGAGGACACGGUCUAACAGUUCGUCUAGCGGGGGUCUGUCUGAGUCUCGCAUGGAGCAGGUUCAUGACCUGAUGGCUGAUGCCAUGAGAGAGUCCAGUUCUUCCCCAUCAGGAUCAGGUUCAAAUUCACCCGAAUCACGACAGUCUAAAAACACUACACAAGUUUUCUUCUUUCCAACUGGGUCACAUGACAAAGCUGAAGUGGCUGACCCUUUGAAUGGGUCAGCUGAUGCUGACCUCAGUGACGUUCCACUUCCCCUACUGGCUGGAGAUUGUAAAAUGACUGAUCACUUUGGGUCAGGGGAGAGAACUCCUCCGACAAUGCAGUCUCCAGGGAAGAAAGGUGGAAGAGUUUUGCCCCCUGGCAGUGAUGUUGGGUUUUCCCCUCGUCAGAUUGUGAUCUCAGACAGUCAGGACUCAAUCAGCAGCACACUGUCAGACAAGGCAGAGCGGAUUAGUGAUGAUGAGGAGUUCUGUAUUAUAGAUAAUCCCGGUUUAGGGAUUGCGCCAAAAGAUGGCCAGCCAAAUGUGCGAACAUUUCUCAGUGUGCCCAUACAUAUAAAGGAGAACUAUUUCAGCCAGCCACUGGGUCGAGGCGACCUGCUGAAAGCCCCAGAGCACUUCCCCCCUGCUGUCUACAGAUACACCCUUAAGGAGAUGAAUCUGGUCUGGCACAUGUACGGAGGUCAUGACCUGGGCAUGGGGUCAGAGGCCCUAACCAAAGGUAAACACCAAAGAGAAGAUGUAGCCUCCAAGAAAGAAGAUAGAAGUCCUAAUCUCCAGAAACGGCGAAAGUCAAAGGAUAAGUCUCCCACAGUUCCCAAGUUACCAUGGCAAUCAAGAGGAGGACCAGGCCGUGACCUUGACACACUUUUAGAACUUCACCUCAGCAAGGUGAGAGUGCAGCACGAAGUGUACCCUGAUGAUCGUGAGCACGCCUCCCGCCAGGUGCUUCUCAUCCACGACCUGGAGGUGAGAGACAGGUUAGCCAGCUCGAGGAUCAACAAGUUCCUCUACCAGUACUCCUCAGAGGCCAGGCCCAGGCAAUCACAUGCUAACAUGGUGCUAAUAAAGGCUGUGCAUUCCCGACCAGACCCCUCCAUACCUGCCCAGGAGUGUUCCCUUAAAGUCUCCCUCCUGCCUAUCAGGCUCAACGUAGACCAGGACGCUCUUUUCUUCUUGAGGAAGUAUUUCAUUGAGGUAGCAGGUGGCUCUGUGUCAGAUCCACCACCUGCCAAAACCAGGAGGUCACCUGCAAGACAAGAGUCACCUUCCAGCUCCUCCCCAAAACACACCCAUCAGGCCAUGGCUCCUCCCCCUGUCAUGGCGGUUGUGGACACGGCUGAGAAGACUGAGGAGGUGGAAGAGAUGGAAAAUCUGAUUAAGUUUGACGAGAUUUCACAGACAGAAGAGGAUGUGAUGGAUGAAGUGUAUGAGAUGUCGGAGAUGGAACACAAACAACCAGUCUUCUUCAAGUCCUUUGUCUUUUCCCCUGAUGUACCUAUACGGUUAGACUACCAUGGCAAGAGAGUCAAUAUGGAACAGGGUACUUUGGCUGGCCUUCUUGCUGGACUGGCUCAGCUGAACUGUUCAGAGCUCAGGUUGAAGAGGAUUAACUACAAACAUGGGUUACUGGGUGUGGACAAACUGUUACAGUACACCCUGAACGAGUGGCUGGGGGACAUCAAGAAGAACCAGAUCCCCAGUAUACUGGGUGGGGUAGGCCCCAUGUACUCCUUUGUCCAGAUAGUUCAGGGUAUCCGGGACCUAUUUUGGCUGCCUGUAGAACAGUACCAAAGAGAUGGGAGACUGGUCAGGGGAAUUCAGAGAGGCGCCACCUCCUUCACCACCUCCACUGCCAUGGCUGUUUUGGAGCUGACCAAUCGGCUUGUCCAAUCUGUUCAGUAUGUGGCUGAGUUAACUUAUGACAUGGUCUCCCCUGGACCUAGUGUGCGACAACAACAGACCCAGUACCAGCAGCUUCAGUUCAAAAUCAAGAGAUCUAUGCAGCCUUCUGAUCUGAGAGAAGGAGUGACGAAUGCUUAUGUGGUGCUCAGGGAGGGAAUUUCAGGAACAGCUAAGAACAUUGUUAAAGUGGCAACGGAUGAGCAUGACCAGAAGGGCCUGACAGGUGCUGUGGGAGGCGUGUUGAGACAGAUUCCACCCACCAUAGUACAGCCAAUCAUCUUAGCCUCAGCGGCUACGUCGAACGUCUUGGGUGGAAUGAGGAACCAGCUAAAACCGGAUGCCAAGCGAGAAGACGAGGAAAAAUGGCGUGUACAAGAGGAUAUGUCUGGUUCGGUCUGACCUUUGACCCCACACAUAAAAAUCUGUGAUAGAUUUCCUCAUUGACUGUAAAUAACUGUAAAAUAUUCACGUCUUUCACAGUCACAUGUUGUAUUUUUUGCAAACGUAAAUUCAUAUUGAACUUACAUAUGCUUACUCACUAGUUGGUAGUGCAUGUUUUUGGAAUCCUGGCCUUGGGACAGGGAGUUAGUAGAUUUCCUUGCUCUCAUUGUUAGUGGUGCACUUAAGGCAUGGAGGUUUACACUGCACUCAUCAACUGUUUGAGUAAUCCAGUGUUUAUUGAAGGCCGCUUGUCUUCCACUAUGAGAUAUGGUGUGUGGGUAAGUUUGAUGGCAGCUUGCCUAAUGAUGGUGGGUUGCUCCAGCCACUCUAAUUUCCUGCACCAAAAAGACCACGAGUAUGUCAUUAGAAAACAAAGAAGUCCAUAAAAACAUGUGUAAGAUGAGAAAAAAAAAUUGAGUUACUGAGAACUGAUUGUGGGCAUAAUGAAUAAAUCUGUUUACUUUUGAAUUAGACUACAGAUUAGAGACUGGAAUUUGGUCAAAUGUGUGAAUGAAAAGCUUGAUACUUGUGGACUCCAUUAUUCAAAAAUUAAUGAAGAUUUAUUAAACCCAGAUACCCUGGUAAAUUGGACUAUGAUCACAUUGGUUUUUCUGUAAGAAUUUUGUAGAAACAUGUAGGCUACUAUUAAGAUUUAAGCCUAAAUUAACUUUAAAUACACUUUUGGUUAAAAGAAUGUUUUUCCCGUGUGGCCUGUAUAGGCAAAGUCACUAUUUGGGCCUCUUUUUGUUUUCUUUUUUUUUUUUUGAGUGCAUAGCGAGUGAUAGUUAAGGUUUUGGAAGAAAUAGGGCAGGUUUUGGUAAUCGUGUACAUCAUAAUCACAGUCUUCUGCAAUGUGUAUGUGUGUGACUUGAAAUGCAGGCCUUAGCUUGAUUUUGUAAAGGCUUGAUGUGUUAAAUCUGCUUACAACGACUAGAAAUUCAGACACUGAAAGAACAGGAAGUAUGAGAUUACCUGUAAUAGGCACAUAUGUUAUAUUGUACAAAUAUCUCUGGUGCACACUUUACAGAAUAUCCAUGGCAGCCUAUUGGAUGUAUAUACAGCCAGCAAUGUAAAAUCCACUGACACAGCCUAUUAGGUGCAUAUACAGCCCACAGUGUAAAGGAUUCCAUGAACACAGCCUAUUAGAUGCAUAUACAACCCAUAAUGUAAAGGAUUCCAGGAACAGUCUGCUAGAUGCAUAUACAGCCCACAAUGUAAAAUUCACUGACACAGCCUAUUAGAUGCAUAUACAACCUAUAAUGUAAAGUGACAUAAUUUGUGACGCGCUAAAGUUGAGCUGUGAAAAUAUCGUGGCCCUUGUGGCAAGGAUGCUGUGAUUGUUAUGUAUUUGGGACAGAUUACAGUGUUCACUCAGUUUGGACAUGAAGUGUGAUAUGGUGUCCUUCCCCAGCGGUUUCCUAGUAAAGCAGACACUUUCUGUAUCCAGGAACGAAUUUUUUGGGUACUGCCAGAGCCUGUCCACAUCGGGAUGCAGUUUAGCCAUGAAUGUUUGAAUUGAAGCCACCAUGCUCAUGGGUGAGUGUGGUUCUUCUGGCAUGAAAUCAGAAACACUAUCUUUGUCAUAAGCUUUAAGAUAUUUUGUCAUUUCACUGCAAAUGUGGCCUUACUCAUCUUUUCCAUGUUUUCAAGUCCUUGUGGACAAUAGUACAGUCUCACGUCAAACAUAACUUUAUUUAAUAAGCCAUACGGGGUUUUGAGACUGACGUCAGUGUAGGAAUAAAUCUUUUUCCUGUCAACUUCGCAAAUGACCGGGUAAGGGGUUGUUGUACCAUGGCCAAGUUGUUUCAUUCAUUAAUGGCUGUCUUGAACAUUUUAUUUGCAUCGGUAAAUACCGGGCCUCUAAAGAUGUCACAUUUCUUACAGUGGGGCGGAGCUUUCAGAUAGCAGUCCGUACCGGAAACUUUCAACCGAAUUUGCUUUGUAGUGAGUACCUCCUUCUUUGCGACAUUGUACAAGUGCGAUAAAGCUUCGUGAAGAGUCAAGGGGGUCGUAUGCCUCAAAACUCUCUUUAUGUUUUUCGAGGAGGUAUUCGCUAAAUAUUCUCGCCGCGGUUGAAUUACACUUUUUGGGCGACGUGAAUAAGCAAUUCUUCGCUAGUAUGAGACACAUCGACGUUAUCCUCCAUUUUUAGGGACAGACAACUGCAGCAGACGACAGAAGGCCGAACUGAGUUAUCCCCCCUUAUAAUUCUGCGCGGUAAUUUUAUUGCGCAGAGUGUAUGACAUGUAAACCCCCGAUGUAAAGCAAAGGCAUCCACAGCCUAUAUGAUGCUUGCAUGCAGUGUCUUGCAUUAUAAAGAAUACCCCUGACAAACUUGUUGGGCGAUCCAAUCUUUAAGACUUUUGUUAAUAGUUCACUUUAAGUGUUGUGCUAUAAAGACUCUUAUUGAUUGUGUUUUCAUGAAUAAUUUCAAUAAAACCUUACCGGUGGUAAAUUGACAAAGAGGUCGUAUUUCACCGGUUAUGUGUGACCAUUUGCCAGCUGUCACACCCUGCUCUUGUUUUACAUUCUGUGUUGUACGUCUUUAAUUGUUUUCUGGCGAUUAAAUUCUUACUCAUGGGCAUUUACCAUUUUAUAACGGCUGUAUAUUUGAGGUUUUAUGUAAUUUUAUAUCAUGGUUUAAUAGAGACGUUCAUUGUGUAGUUAUGGGAAGUGAAGGUCCUACUCCAGAAAGAAUUACGCACGCGUAUGUAUUUACCAUACAGUUCACAUCGAUUUUUUUCUUUGUUAUUUU